AUGUUACAAUUGGCUGAUGGAGGCCUGCUGCUGCCCAUGCACAGGACAGGUGACCAGUGGGCACAGGCAGGAGGCGCAGUGGGCAUCAGGCGACCUGAGCGGGUCGGCCUGCCCGGCUCCUCUGAGUCCUGCACCGGCUCCUCCUGGGAGGUGGACGACUGCCCAGAGAGCUACUGCGAGGCCCCCUGCUGUGCCCCCAGCUGCUGCGAACCCCGCUGCUGUGCCCCCAGCUGCUGUGCCCCGGCCCCCUGCCUGACCCUUGUCUGCACCCCAAAGAACGAGUACCUGCUCACGGUGGUGGCGGAGGAGAGCGACGCGCUGCUGCUCGGACUGCGCUACUCGCCCACCCAGAUGCAUUUCCUGUUUCUCAGCGAGGACGCUGCCGGCGCCUGGCAGACGCGCGUGCCCUUCCGCAGUCCGGCCCUGGUGGAUGGCCAGUGGCACACGCUGGUCCUGGCUGUGUCCGAAGGAUCCUUUUCCCUGACCACGGACUGCGGCAUCCCCGUGGACAUGCUGCAGGUGGCCCACCUGAAGGAGAUGAGGAACCAGAGGCUAGAGCCCAUUUUGGCCAUGAGACAAUUAAGGACCUUGCGCUUCCUGGGCACUGCAGGCUGCUUGAGACUCAGGGCACCAGGGAGCUUUGGAGCCAAAAGAGACUGCACUGGGCACCGAGGACGAAUGGCUGAUGUGCCCUUCCCAGCCACCCUGUCCGUGCAGGGGGCUCGGUUCUUCAUCGGCAGCAGGAGGAGAGCAAAAGGCCGGUUCACGGCCCUGCAGGGUCUCACAGGGAAACCAGAAGAUAACGAGGUGCUAAAAUAUCCCUAUGAAACCAGCGUGAAAGUGACACUGGGCUCCCGACCACCAUGUACCAAAGUAGAAGAUGCCCAAUUUUGGUUUGAUGCCAGCCGAAAGGGGCUGUACUUGUGUGUCGGCAACCAGUGGGUCUCCGUGCUAGCAGCCAAAGAAAGACUGGACUACGUGGAGGAGCACCAGGAGCUGUUCACCAACUCCGAGACCCUGGGCAUCGAGGUGUUCCGCAUUCCCGAGGUGGGGCUCUUCGUAGCCACAGCCAAUCGGAAAGCCAUGUCUGCCAUCUACAAGUGGACCGACGGGAAGUUCAUCUCGUAUCAGGACAUCCGCACACACCAAGCCCAGUCCUGGAGCCAUUUCACCAUCGGGAGAAAGAUCUUCUUGGCUGUGGCUAAUUUCGGACCGGAUAGAAAGGGCGAGGAGUUCUCUGUCAUUUACAAAUGGAGCCACAGGAAACUGAAGUUCACCCCAUACCAGAGGAUCGCCACCCACAGCGCCCGGGACUGGGAGGCCUUCGAGGUGCAGGGGGAGCACUUUCUGGCAGUGGCCAACCACCGGGAAGGUGACAACCACAACAUCAAUAGCGUUAUCUACAAGUGGAACCCCAGGACCCGCCUGUUCGAGAUCAACCAGACCAUCGCCACCUCGGGUGCCUAUGACUGGGAGUUCUUCACAGUGGGGCCCUACUCAUUCCUGGUGGUGGCCAAUACCUUCAACGGCACAUCCACCAAGGUGUACUCUCACCUGUACAUCUGGCUCGUGGGCACCUUCCAGCUCUUCCAGUCGUUCCAGACAUUCGGAGCUGCUGACUGGGAGGUCUUCCACAUUGGGGAGAGGGUCUUCCUGGCUGUCGCCAACAGCCACAGCUACGACGUGGAAAUGCAGGUCCAGAAUGACUCCUACAUCAUCAACUCUGUCAUCUAUGAGCUGAAUGUCACUGCACAGAGCUUUGUCAAGUUCCAGGACAUUCCCACCUGCAGUGCUCUGGACUGGGAGUUCUUCUCAGUGGGAGAAGACUACUUCCUGGUGGUUGCGAACUCCUUUGAUGGAAAAACCUUCUCUGUAAACAGUGUUAUUUACAGGUGGCAGGGCUAUGAGGGCUUUGUGGCCGUUCACCGCCUCCCGACCUUCGGCUGCAGGGAUUGGGAGGCCUUCAGCACCGCGGCCGGCUCCUACCUCGUCUACUCCAGUGCCAAGGAGCCCUUGUCCAGGGUGCUACGGCUGAAGACGUACUGA